ACCAACUUCUGCUCUGCUUGUAUUUCCUUCAAGUGCCAGUCACCCCAGUCCUCUUUGCUGCGACGAGACAGACCGUGGAUAACUUGGAACCCGGUACUGUUACUGGCUGACAGACACCGUGGAACCUAACAUUCAGUACAAUGCAGUUACAAGCGAGGAAGAGAACGGAGCGUGGGAAUUUUAGGCUCACGUGUCUUUAGCGUUUUUUUAAAUCUUUUUUUUUCUGUCCUCAAGGGUCUUGGAAAACUGUAUUACACAAGGACACUACAGACAGCAGUGAACAGACCUUCCGUCACACGCACGGCCAUGCGCUCGGCGUGGUAGCGGUCACAUUACCUAAAAUAUAUCAAACCUGUACCUUACUAACCCUCCUAUCUAGCAAACAAUUCUACGGUAGCCUACAAACGAGGACGUCUCUUUGGAUCGAGACCCUACAUCGAGGCAUGGAUCUAAGGUCGUACUGGAGCCGGACAUACUGGUGGAGGGUACUGUUCCUCUUCGGGCUGUUCCGUGACUAUCUUAGCUCGAUGUUGGACUGCCCGCCAACCUGCAGCUGCUCUCCAACGGAGAUCUAUUGCAAUAAGUCCGACAACGAAAAAUUCUUCCCUUUAUUGGCUCUCCAAGAGACGGGGAGCGCUGCUAAUAGCAGUGUCGACAUAGCAGAACUAUUCAAGAAUAUCUCCUCCAUCCAUAUAGAGAACUGGUCCGAACUGACGACUCUCCGAGACGUGGACAUGGAGCUGUACACAGGCCUGCAGAGACUAACCAUCAUGAACUGCAAUCUACGUUCCAUCCAGCCGCGGGCAUUUGCCCAGAACCCUCAUCUCCGAUAUAUAAACCUGUCAAAGAACCCUCUGACAACCUUGUCCUGGCAGCUGUUUCAGAACCUUCAACUUUCAGAGCUCCGGCUGGACGGUGUGUUGUUUGACUGCGGCUGUGGUGUCCGCUGGAUCCAGCUGUGGCAGCAGAGAGGAGAAGCAGGGCUUCAUUCGCAGACGCUCUACUGCAGAAACGGAGCCUCCAAGACACGUCUAAACAACAUGAACAUAGCUCGCUGUGACCUACCAGAGAUCAGUGUGAGCCACAGCAGCAGUCUGACCGUGAUGGAAGGGGAUAAUGUAACGGUCAGCUGUAACGGCUCCGGGUAUCCCGUCCCCGAGGUCGACUGGACGGUUGCUGGUCUACAUUCCGUCAACACUCACCUGUCCAACGUCUACUGGCCCAACAUUCAUUCCAUCAACCUGACGCUGGUCAACGCGAGUCGAGACGACAACAGCUUCCUGCUCACCUGUAUUGCGGAGAACAUAGUGGGGAUGACCAACACCUCCAUCCAGUUGUCCGUACAGUUUCCACCUGUCAUCCUGAAACUGGUUGAGCCGGAACGACGCCAUGACACCUGCAUAGAGUUCACAGUGAGAGGAUUCCCCCACCCCACACUACGCUGGUUCCACAAACAGCGGGAGAUUCUGCAGAGUGAGUACAUCCGGACGGAGAUGGACUUUUAUCAGGACUACCUGGAGGGCUGUCUGACAUUUAAGAACCCGACACACAUCGAUAAUGGAAACUACACCCUAGAGGCCUCCAACUACCUGGGAUCCGCUACUAAGACUGUCUACGGACACUUCCUCAUGGAGCCGCCCUUUGACCCCGGCGCCGACGAGAUUGUGGAAUAUGAUCCCUGUAGUGUGAUGAGAACAUCCACUGUGUCCGUCCUUUAUUAUCCUGAAGGUACCCCAAUGCCCUCAGACAGUGACUCUAAUAGGACAGAGGAGGAUGCAUUUGGGGUGUCCAUAGCUGUCGGCCUGGCGGGUUUUGCCUGCAUUCUCCUCAUCGUCCUCUUCUUUCUCAUCAACAAAUAUGGCCGACGCAACAAGUUUGGCAUGAAGGGACCAGUGGCAGUAAUCAGUGGCGAGGAAGACUCCGCCAGUCCUCUUCACCACGUCAACCAUGGAAUCAACACACCGUGCAACCUGGACACUGGGGCCGACGCGGUGGUCAUAGGAAUGACCCGGAUACCAGUGAUGGAGAACCCGCAGUACUUCAGACAUGGACACACCUGCAACAAGCCCACCACCUACGUGCAGCAUAUAAAGCGCCGGGACAUCAUUCUAAAGAGGGAGCUCGGUGAGGGUGCCUUUGGAAAGGUCUUCCUGGCUGAAUGCUAUAACCUGUGCCCCACAAAGGACAAGAUGCUGGUGGCUGUCAAGACCCUGAAGGACCCCAAUUUGUCUGCCAGGAAAGACUUCCAGAGGGAGGCGGAGCUGCUCACAAACCUCCAGCAUGACCACAUAGUGAAGUUCUAUGGGGUCUGUGUGGAUGGGGACCCUCUCAUUAUGGUGUUUGAGUACAUGAAGCACGGAGACCUCAACAAGUUCCUCAGAGCCCAUGGUCCAGACGCCAUGAUUCUGGUGGACGGCCAGCCCCUGCAGACUGAGGGAGAGCUGGGUCUGUCCCAGAUGCUCCACAUUGCGACCCAGAUCUCGGCUGGCAUGGUGUACCUGGCCUCACAGCACUUCGUCCACCGGGACCUGGCCACCAGGAACUGCCUGGUCGGCAACGGCCUGCUGGUCAAGAUAGGAGACUUUGGGAUGUCCAGAGACAUCUAUAGCACAGACUACUACCGGGACGAAGAAAAGGUGGGAGGUCACACCAUGCUGCCCAUCCGCUGGAUGCCCCCCGAGAGCAUCAUGUACAGGAAGUUCACCACGGAGAGUGACGUCUGGAGCUUCGGAGUCAUCAUGUGGGAGAUCUUCACCUACGGCAAACAGCCAUGGUUUCAACUGGGCAACAACGAGGUUAUUGAGUGUAUAACUCAAGGCAGAGUUCUGGACAGGCCAAGGGUUUGUCCUAAGGAGGUUUACGACGUGAUGCUGGGGUGCUGGCAGAGGGAACCCCAGCAGAGGUUGAAUAUCAAGGACAUUCAGAAGGUCCUCUACGCCAUGGGGAAAGCCACGCCUGUCUAUCUAGAUAUAUUGGGCUAGCACCGGUUCACAUGUCUGGAUAUACCUGGCUAGCACCAGUUCACAUGUCUGGAUAUACCUGGCUAGCACCAGUUCACAUGUCUGGAUAUACCUGGCUAGCACUGCUUCUACCUUGAUGGAGUAGGGGGAGAUUCCCCUGGAGGCUGAUCAUGUAUCUAAGGGGAACCUCACUCUGGAGAGUGACUGGAUGUCUUCUGCUAGCAUCCGUUCGAUGUAUGGCUUGUUGAUCAGACCGAGAGACUGACAGUGGGAUUGACAGAGACCGAGAGAGAGACUGACAGAGAGACAGAUAACCACUAGCCAGGAAUAACCACGCUACCUGUACCUUACUGUUUCACUGUCAACAACACCUACUAGUAUGGGAAGGACUCAAGUGCCUGCUACACUUUUUUUCGAAUACAUUGAAUAUUCAAUCUAUAAAAACAAAAAUGUGCUUUUACAUUUUGUUUACUGAUAUAUAUGAUGUAUAGUAAUUCAAUGAAGAGGAUUUUUUUCUUUCUUAAAAAAUGGCAACAAAACAUAAAAAUUCUGAAAAGGGAAAUAAUAUGAUUCUUUUGGUACAGUGACAGCACGGCAAUGGAAUAGGCGUU